AUGAACAUCACUGUUGAUGAUGCUUCUCCUCUGAUCACUUAUAGCCCAGGGUGGUAUAACGACCAUUCAAACCAUAGCGCCUAUCCGGAUCCGUCAACGCCUCAUUACUAUCAACAGACCUUCCAUAAUGCAUUCGUCAACAAUGCGCAUGCUAGUUUUUCUUUCAACGGUUCUGCUGUAUACAUCUACGGAGCGAAGACCCCAAAUCAUGGUUUAUAUUCAGUUCAAAUAGAUCAAGGAAGUCCUACCAACUAUCAAGGUUAUCAAUCUAGUUCUACUUUUCAAGCUUUGUUAUUCUCCACCACGGGUCUCUCAACCGAUGAAACCCAUACUAUUGUUGGUGGAUCUCAAAUACCAACUUUAACCUGUCUUUCGGAUUUGACAAAUAGUGAAAGUAAUUUACCAGGAGGUAGUACCACUUGGUGGUUGGAUAUUGAUUAUAUUGUAUUUACAGCCCCUUCCCCUGGAAAUGUACAUACGACCAUUUUUGACGAUGCUAGUUCAUUCAUGACUUGGUAUAAUGUAUGGCAAGCUUGGUCAGAAUAUCCUUAUCCUUAUUAUCUCAACACGACUCAUGUGACGGCUGUUGAAGCUUCUAUGGAUUUCAAUUUCUAUGGUCAUUCCGUCGAAAUACGUUCCGCUCUCAAUUACGAUCACGGUAAUUAUAAAGUUUCAAUAGAUGAUGGUCCUCCUACCAUUCUUUCAGCUUAUAGAUCUUCACUCUUGACACAAGUCACAUUAUUCAUAGCUACAAACCUCCCCGAUACUCAACAUAAAUUAACAAUCACAAACACACCUACAAAUUCAACUUUACAUUUUUUCGAUAUGGAUUACGCUAUAGUAAACACUUCUUCACUUUCUUCUUCUUCUUCUUCUUCCUCCUCCUCUUCUUCUCAACCUUCUUCCGUUUCUUCAACAUUAGGAGCAUCUAUGACUCCUUAUGCAUCUGCGAUAAUAGCUGGUGAAGUAUCAGGAUCUUCAACAAUCGAUAUUUUACCUUCUGGAACUGAAACAAUGUCAAUCAUAUCUGGUCAAACGGAUAGUCCUAAUUUACCUCAAGGAACAUUACCUCCAAGUGCAGCUUUAACAGCUCAUGUGGAAGAUCAAUCAGAAGGGUUUUUACAUACUGCAGCUGGUAAAAGUGCUGUUAUAGGUACUAUUUUAGGUGUUGUGAUAGUUUUGGUUUUGGCAGGUAUGUUAUUAUGGAAACGACAUAAAUCUCCUAGGACUAGAUCAAGUUCAACAAGAUAUUCAGAGUCCACUACGGAUUUAGUACCACCUUCAAACUUGGAAUACGAAAAAAGAAAUGAAAGAAAGUCAGGGUCAAGUUUCGGUUUGAAUCCAUCUUGGUUCAACAUCAAUCCUGUUCGAAAGAAGAAUAGAAAAAGUCAUUCAGGACAUUCUAAUCUUUCUUCAACACAAACUAUCACUUCCACCGAUAAAUCUUUUAGACCAUUUGGAUCAUUCACCCCUCAGAACAAACGGAAAUCUCAAGGAUCAGGAGAAUUACCUACAACUCCAGAAACUGCUCAUUUGAUAAAUUCAUCAAAUUUGAACUCCACACGAACCUUGAAGUCACCACCACGACCAUCUGCCGCUUUACUCGAUUAUCAAUUCCGGUCAGAUAUCAAACGAACAAGUACCAAUACAAAUAACCUCAUUUCCGCCGAAAGACAAGAGGAAGGAGAUUCAAUGGUUUCAAACACAUUGGCCAAUUUAUUAGGUCUGAAUUUAUCUUCUCGAUCAAGCGUGGAAGGAAGAAAUAGGGAUAAUGAAAGAUCAACACCAAUAUCAACGAUCGAAACUACUUCAACACAUUUAGCAUAUGAUGAACCAUUAGCUUCUUCAGUAUUCCCUUAUCCGCGCAGUAUGAUCUUUCCUUCUGUCUCUACUUCUUCCGAACCUAUCUCAUCUUCAAACGGGAUACAAACAGUGUCAAGACAAUCUAUCAUAUCUGGUCCUAUUACACACCUCGCUCCCCCAACUUUUUCGUCUACUUCAGAGGAUCACCUCAAUAAUCCAAUUGCCAAACUUUUCGAAGCGGAUGGAAAUCAAGUGACACGUGAUGGGAAAGAUACUUAUCAUGACCGACUGGAAACCUCCAAUUUUGACAAUGUAGGAUUACAAGGAGAACCAGGGUAUCUGUCAACAGAAACAGAAGGAAGGAACUUGAGAACUAGUACAGGUCAAGUUACAUUAGCACCUAGUGAUAGUGCCAGUAGAAGAUCCGCUCGUUCUACUUGGAGAGCAACAUCGACAACUUUGAUGAGGGUUUUAAUACCUGCUCGAUCUAUCAGAGGAGGGAGGUAUCCCGUUUCAGUCAGGGAGACCGAAUGGGGGAUGCCGGAUGAAGAAAGGGAUAUUUAA